CAUAUAUAGGAGGGUACAGCUUUCUGCCAGGAUGCAGAUCAUCAUCAUUUUCUCGCACAAACAGCAUCUGAUCAGUCAGUGGAAAGGAUGAAGUGUACGACGCUUUUUCUGGUGCUGUCCAUGGUUGUCCUGAUGGCUCAGCCAGGAGACUGCAUCUUUGGAUGGAUCAUGAAUGGAAUCCAUCAUGCAGUUAAAGGCAUUCACAGCUUAAUUCAUGGAAAAGCUGCAGAAGAGCAAGCAGACCAACAGCAACUGGACCAGGAUCAACUAAACCGGCAACAACUGGACCAGGAUCAACUGGACCAGGAUCAACUAAACCGGCAACAACUGGACCAGGAUCAGCAGGACCAGGAUCAGCAGGACCAGGAUCAGCAGGACCAGGAAGAUCUGGACCAGCAGCAGUUGGACAAACGCUCCUACCAAUCCGCACGUCGUCUCUUUGAUUAGAUACCAGAGGCCACUCUACAUACUCCAGCAGUUCUUGGUUCUAAACAUUUUC